UUGGACAUUGGACAUCUGAAGGCGUUAUUUUGAAAAUGAUAUUUGUGUUUUCGUGUCGGUUUCACAAAUUAGAUAUGCAAUUGGCUAUAAAUUACAACAGUCUCUUAGCAGUAAUCAUCAUUCUACAUUAUUGUAGCUGUGUAACUGCCUGCAACCCUGAUGGCGAAGAGCAUUUAACUCUGAUAAAAUCGUUAGAGCGUAAUUAGCAAUUACAAAUGACUUUGGUUUUCGACACAGAGAGUGGGUUUCUAAAGACACAAGCAGCUAAAAUAUCCAUGGCAGGCGUAGACCGCGCUUGUUUUAUAAAUGAGGAGCCAUACGAAAAUAAGUCAAAAUCAGUGAAUGUCGGUCGCCAUCCUAGCAGUGUUAUAUUCCCUGCUCCUUAUAUACACGCAAUGAUUCUGGAUGCACUAGGAGACGGUAUCAAGAAGGCUUCACAUGCUUUAGUUGUCGAGCAAGGAAUCGGAUAUAUGACGGCUUGUACAGUUCUCAUGACAGGUAGAGAUGGUGUCACUGUAUCCGCUCAACCCACUGGUGAUUUAUUUUCAAAUGCUUCAUUGAAUUUCAAAAAAUGGUUACAGCAUAGCAAACGGACUUAUACAUAUGGCAUAGAAGUAGGGCGUCAAAUUGGGUUUGUAACCUACGAUAAUCAUGAAGCAAAAUUUUCAAAUGCAAAAUACAAUGCUAUCUUUGUUCGUGAAGAGCGUGAAAGUGAUGUGGACAGGUGGAUAAAGCACCUCAAAACAGGCGGUCGUAUGGUUUGCUUAGUAGGACCUACUGAAGGCGAACAGGAAUUGUAUCAAUUGGACCUGCUGACUGAUUUCCUACAAAAGAAGAUUUUGAUGACCUUCAAAAACUUCGUACCAAUAGCUACUCGACCAAAAGAAGAAGUUGUUAUAAAACCGAGGUAAGGUGUUUGCCCGCUCCCAAUUGUAUGCUUCUUUUUCACACAUCAAGGCGACUAGGAUCUUAUUCCUUGUUGAACGAUCAGGUUGUUUAAACUUUGAUUCAUUACAAAUAAGAAGAGUGAAAGUCAUGAUUCAUGCACAUACACAUGCUUAACUGAAAUGUAGAAGAUGUGAAUUUAUGUCAGUUACAAAUAUUUGUCUGAUACACGUAGGAUAAACCGAUGAAAAGUUGAAUAUAAUAAAGGAAUGAAGGAAACCACAUCAUUUAAUCAUAACGUAAAAUCAAUCAGAACUUUUGAUGCAUCUAAGAAACUUUAACAACUCACAGAUUACAUCCGGAAAUGUGACGAAUGUGAGGAAACAUUUUUUAAUCAAACAGUUUGAUUACACACAUCUACUUGGCCAUCUCCACUUAUAUGAAAAGGGAAAAUAAAUGGAAGGCAUUUUACCUACAGAAAAAGCUAUUGAGAUUUACAACUAAUGACAGCCAAACAGAAAUGUUCAAAACUGACUCAUACAACCAGUUACGUUAUUUUGACCAACUUUAUAUUACUGCGAACAAUUAACUAUUUGUCUUACAUGAUUCGAAAAAGAAUCCGAUACCUUGAUGAAAUAAACCAAAACUGAACAUCUUUCACAAUUCUUUCCAUUCAGGUUAGCAAUGAAGUUCAUUCUAAAUUGAGCUAAGACGUCAAUCUCACUUAUCGUUGUUCUUACUCUUUUUUGUUUACAGCAUACCUCAGUAAGAUAUAUUUUCAAACGAAAUUGUGUGCUUUCUUUUUCACUUCAAAGGACCUUAGUAUAUGUUCCUAGUUAGACAACUAGGUUGCUUAAACAUGCCUUCAUCAAGUCGAAGAAUAGACAGUAUGGCUAGUGCAAGUAUUUGUGCCUAUCUAAAAUGUAGAGAAUGCUAUUUCAUGCAAGAUAGUAACACCGGUAAUCGAGAAAAGCGAAAGAGAUGGGAAAGGUUUCAGGGGAAGGUAACACAAGACAACUAUUCAAGAUUGUUAUGGAAACGGGCUCUAAAAGACUAAUGAUAGGUGAAACAAUCCACGAUAAAAGCUACGCCUUAGCUAGCUAUUAGUGGAGAAAACCGAACGUUAGAGAUAAAACAUCGUAAAGCAAUUUAACUAGCCUAAAUCCAAACUCAAAUUGCCCACCAUCCAAUACAUACCUAAAUAGAAUGUUGAUACCAGUCCUCCAAAUCUAUCUCAGGUUACAACAGCUGUUUGUCAUCUGAAAAGAUUCAGAGAAAAGGGACCUGGUGAGACGACGCCAGAAGUAUUUAAGAACGGUGCUAAAAACAAUAGUCUGAGAAGAUAUUCUACUAUUCAAGGCAUUCCACCUCGAACUGGCGAAACCGCAUACCAGCUUACCGAGUGGUGUGAUCACAAAUGUUGACAAAGAGUGGUGUCUAUCAGCGAUGCCCAUUAUCCCCACUUUUGUUUAAUUUCAAUAUAGAUAUACCAAACGAAUUGACCCCAACACAUAUUAGCAGCUAAAGGAUUAACUUAUUGCCAGAAAUAUGUCUCGUUGACUUAUAGUAUGCAGGUUAUAUCUUCCUCUCAGAUGAUGACACUGACAAUGUCCAGAGUCUUCUCAACACCUUAAGCAGCAAUCUCCGAGUGUCUGGCAUGCGUUUUGCUCCUGUGAAAUGUAAGAUGAUGCUGCAGUUUAAAGAUAGGGGGUAAAAUGGUAGAACUACAUGUUCAUUUAUCUGAGAUAUUGCAUCAGUCUCAGCAGACUGGUUGCUGACGAACUCUCAGCACGGAUAUGAAACACGCGUGUGGCUUUUGUCAAUCUUCGUCAUUUCUGCAGCCUGUGCAUUGCGCAACAGCUCGCUCCGUCCUACUUCACGGCCGCAAUACAUGGUCUUUGAAAAAGAAGGAUAUGAAAAGGCUGGUAGCCUUUGUCCACAGAUAUUUGCUUCCUAUCACCAGUGUUAAGUGGUAAAAUGUGGUGAAUAAUACUCCGGUUAGGUGUAAGGGGAAGUUGAGUAGCUGCAUCGAUUGAGAUGCCUAGAACAAGUGCUG